AUGCCGCCCAAGGGAGGAAGCAAUCAGAGGAACGCGCGGCCGCGGCAGGACAUUGUCCAGUGGGCGGCGGAAGUCAACAAUCAAGGCCAGCAAAAUUUCUGGCACACAAACGACGGCGGCUACUAUAUUUACUCUCCGACGGAUUUCGGCGGUUCUGCCAGCUCGUUGAAUCGCGUCAACCCGCCAUACCAAAUCGCCGAGAUCGGCGCCGCAAAAGGAAAACACAAGUGGGACGAUCUUUAUUAUUUCGGCGCGCUGGCUGCAUCUAGACAUGCAACUACCCAUGUCUUCUCGGGAAUAGUGGCGACGAUCUUCGGGUUGAUUGUGAUGAAGACGCAGGCUUUUCAGUGGAUGUACUCGGAGGGCAUUAUCGCAGGUGGACUCUUCUUCCUCUGCGGCUUCAUCUGCUGCCUUUGCUGCUCACCAAAAACCUCUGUUUUCACCUGUAUUUUCUCGAGUAUCAUAGCCAUCAUUUUAAUCGCCCAUGUUGCCAUCGUUUUCUACGUAGAAGGUUAUCGAGUUCGGGAAAUCUGGGAAACACGUGACAAUGUCCUGGGCCUCUGGUCUGUUUUGGGGUGUACAAUGGCUGGAGUUAUUGAACUCCUUUUAGGUCUUUCGUCGUGUUCUGCCUGUUUAACCUACGCUGACAUCGUCGACCGGUUGGCGAUGAGGAAGCAGCAAAUGAAUCUAGCUAACCAGUACCCAGAUCGCUUUGGAUCACUUCUUUCUUCCUGGUCAUCGCGAUCCGAUCUUGGCCUCAACGGAGGAAGAAACACAGGCAUUGACGAAGAAGAUGAACUCGACGCCGCUAAAGACCAAAUGGACGACCAAGGAAUGGAACAAGGAGCUCUGGACGAUUUCAUGGAAAACGACUUGGCGAAUAUGGCGGAACGCGAUGCAGAAGUCGAACUUGUCAUGGCCGAGUACGACGCCGGCGAUGCAGGUGGUGAUGCUGGCUAUGAUGUCAAUGAUUAA